AAAAUUUAUAUAAAUUAUAUUUAUUUUUUUUUAAAGUUUAACUCUCAAAUCUCAAUAUUUUAAAGUUAAAUUAUCUUUUAGUAUUCGAUUGUAAAAAAAUUAAAACAUAAAACAAUACAUAACAAUUUCAAACUAAAGUAAGAGUAUAAAUAUUUAAUUAUAGAUUUUUAUCAUUAAUAAUGCAAUUCUAUAAUUUUAUAUGUAUAAUCGUCUUCAUAUUCAUUAUAACACAAGAUGAUGUCAUAGGAAAUGAUUUAAAUUACUAUUAUAUUCCCGAAAAUCGAAACGAAUUAAUCAAAACUGCUUUAAAAAUCAAUUUUAUCGAAACUAUUUGCAAAAGUCCACAAAAUUUAGGCAUAAAUUUAACUAACAUUAAAAACAUUGAGGACACGGAAUUAAAAGUUUUUAUAGGAAUGCAAUUAUCAAAAGUAAGAUGUAUAUUAAUGACUAAUGUUUUAAAUCAUAUGCUUUUAACAAAAAUAUUAUUCAAAAAUGAUAUAAAUAAUAAAAAACGGAUUAGUUAUAUCAUUAAAUACAAAGACAUUAUUCAAGAUAUGAUUGCAACUGCAUACAAUUUGGGAAUAAGGGAACUUAAUGGUUUUUGGGUGUAUUAUUUGUAUAUAAAUAAAUUAUCAGAAAUAAGUAUUGCAGAUAUUGACUUAGCAAAUCUUCUAAAUAUUCAUGAAUCUAUUAUAAAACGCUUGGAUUAUUUAUUAAAUCAAAAAAAUUGUAUGGAUAAAAGUUAUGAUUAACAUAUAAAUAAAAAUUUUGAAAACAUUAAAAAGUUCAUGGAUAUUCAUAAUGAAAAUGGAAUAACUCCUAAAAACAAAGAAUAUUUUACUAUUGAACGAUUGUAUUUAAAUAAUAUUGUUAAAGUUAAUGGAUUUAUGACAGAAUUGAUAGAUACAUUUGAUGUAGCGAUCCUAUGGAAAUCUUUUCCAGAUACUUUAUUAGAAAGAAACAAUAAAAGCCAAGAACUUAACUCUUUUAUGUUUGGUUCAAGGUAUCUUGCCCUUUAUCAAAACUCAUUUUUAACUUUUAUAAAAAUAUUUAUAAUUCGUAUGAUACAAAAACAUUUUUUGUACCAAAAUCGAUAUAGACACACCAAAGAAAUUAAAAAUUUGAUAAAAUCAUGGUCCGGUAGAACACUUAAAGUAAAAACAAAAAAAGAAGAAAUAAUCUCCAUUGUAAAAUUAUUCAUUAGCUUAUUUAAUUUACCAGAGUAUGAUGAUUUAUGUCAAAUUGUAAAUAUAUUAGAAGAUUCAGACAUUAACAACAACAAGAAACCAGACAAAAAUCUUAUACUAAAUUUUAUAAAACAGGCUUUAAUUGAAAUUCCAAUUAAAUUAUCUGUUAAUAUAAAAGUUAAUUCUUUAUCUAAUUAUGAAUCUUCUACUAAUUUAACACGUGUAUUAGACUUUGCAAAUAAACAAAAAGUCAAUUUAGAUUUUUUGCCAAAGAACAUAAAUAAUAUUAAUUCAAUUGAUAAAAAUAUUACAAUUUUAAAAAUAUUUUAUGAAUAUUUUAAUCAAAAUAAUAAAUUGAAAUAUAUAAACUUUGAUGUUAUAAAGAGAUUUAUGGCAUCUUGUGAGUCUGGAAUACAUAUUAUGUGAUUAUUUUGAGGGGAUUUACUUUUUGAUAAUGUAAUAACAUUUUUUUUGUUCCGGGUAAAUACAUUUGGAAUUUCUUACACAUUGAAAAUUAAAAAAUUACCAUUACAGUCUUAUUACUGUAAAAUCAUAGCUAAAUUGAAAUAAAAAUUUGACCUUUAUAAACAAUAUAAGUUGCACUUAAGUUUUUUAUUUAAGGUCUUUUUUACUGAUUUUAAUAAUUCAUUUUGUUAUUUUAAUCUUAACUUGUAACUUAUUGGUCAAAUAAAAACCAUAAUAAAAUAAGGGAUAAGACUUAUUCAUUAGUUUUUAUCGUUUAAAUAAAAUAAAUUAGAACAUAAUUAUUAUAAAGA